CGGUCUGUGAAUUAAUUAAAUUAACCAUUUAAUCCGAUAGAAAUUAGUUUAGUAAUUCUAUGGCUUUUACGAAUAGAUAAUGUUUAGAUAUAUUUUACAUAUUUAUUAUAUUUGAUACAUUUAUUAUUACUUUUUUGUCAUUCUAAAAUUAAUUGAUAAAACUCACACAUAUAAACUAUAAUAUAUGUGUGGAAAUAUGCGAGGAUUACAUAAAUAAAAUGUAUUUAAGAUUUUUAUUUAGAAUUCUAUUUAGUUUUGAAGAAAGACGUUAAAAACUAUAAAAAUUACAGUGUUUCUAAAGUUAUUACAGAGUAUCGGAUAAAAUUAUACAAGCUCAUGUAAAAACGUGAUAAGAUGUUAGACAUUGCAAAAUUGAUAUAGAAUAAAUUAGAACAUACACGAAAAAUGCAUUCAAUAUUGCAUUUAUCGAGAUUAUUACGAAUUUUGUUACCUUUUAUUGAUACUGAGCAAUGUAGGCAUGUGAUUCAAGUAUAUGUUUAUCCAAACUCGUCCCGCAAAUUUGUAAUUCUGCAACAAGACGUAUAUGCGUAUAAAUAUAUAUGCAUUUACUUAAAUUCACAAAUAUACAAUUACAACAAUAUUACAUAAAACAUGUAAAACCGAUAUUACGUAAAAUAUGGAAGAAAAUGUCUUGAGUAUCUGGCAGUUUUCCAAACCAAACAUUUUGCAGUAUUUUACAUAUUUUGUCGGCAGAAGUGGUUUAAUGGUAUAAUAAAAUUGUAUUGUAUGGUCAAAAAUGCAAUUGGGAAAAGGUAGUUGCAUCACAUUAAAUAAGUCAAUAGUAUCAGAUAUUCGUAUAUAAUCGGUUAUUUUUGUAAUUGAUGUAAUAACUGCCAACUAAUUUACUCUUUAAUCGCAUCAAUUAUAAAUUCCUGUUUUUCCCAUGGAUUAACAACAAACAUGAAAUUAAGUUUACAAAUAAAUGUGAAAACAUUUUUAAUUAAACAUUUAGACAUUUUAAAUUUUACCAAUUGAUACGAUGAUUAUAGUUUCUCUAGCUAAUCAAAUUUUUUAGAGUAUUACUCUUGCUUUUUAUCGGGAAAAAGAAAUGAAAACGUUUACCUUCAGUAUUCUUUUCGGCAAACAUAUCCAGCUAUUGCUCCGCACUCUCACUGAAGCUACCCUUGCGAUUAUCCGUGACCGAACAUAGCGAUGAGCGACAAUUGCUAGCGUCGACAAAGGAUGCGCCCUUUCGGGGUUGAAACUCGGCAAUGUGAAUCGGCACAGCAUCGACUUCGCCGGCAGUGCAAAAAGAUGGAGGGGAUCUUUGUAAUGGCCCGAGUGAACAAGUCGCCCCGUGCGCCUCUGUCAAUUAUAGCAAAUUGAGAGCUGCAAUUAGCGAAUAAGGCUUUGGAUAUGCAUUUGCGAUUCUUUCUCUUGCCAUGAAUCAAUAUGAUUAAAUGUCAUAUCGUGUCUGAUCCGGAUAUCUUAUAAGCGCAAUCCGUUAAGAAUACGACUUGAUGAACUGAAUCAUCUAAUGAAUAUGUUUUCAUAUUAGCAGAAAAUAAUUAUUUAAAAAUAAGAAAGUAUUUAUUUUUCAGAUACGCUAUUUCGAUGUUCUUUUUUUUUUCAAAAGAGAAGAACUUGUAUCGUCAUCAUGAUGUUAGAAGGUUGCAAAAUAAGACACCGUUUCAAGGUGCUUUUACCAUAAAGAAUUAACCCUAAAGAUUUUUUUUAUUUUUUUUUGUUUUGAAGACUUGAUUCUUUUAUGAGUUUAAAAAUUAGUUAAAAAUUAUCCUCCAAAAUUUGUUUUUAAAAAGUAAAUAUUUUUAAGUUUCAAUUUUUUAAGAAAUUUAAUCCUUCCAGAUUUAAUCUUCAGAGUUAGUUUUUGUAAAAUUCAUUUCUUGAAAUCUGCGUCUCCCUCGUAUCUUGUAUAGAUUUUUGUUGAAUUCCAUAUUCACUUCAAACUCUGCCACAAUUUCUUCAAGAUUUUAUCUUUUGAACCUUGAUUCUUCCAAAUUUUAUUUCCUUUAGAAUCUCAUCCCUUCGUCGAGGCCUGUGACAGCAGCCGACAGCCCUGGCUCGUGACGAGUCCUUAUUUGGACCCAGGGGCUAUCGGCCACUACCGAGCUGUCGUCGUAGUUGCCGCGCGUCGACGUCUCGACGCCUUCCACUCUCUCUCUCUCUCUCCCUCUACUGUCGCUCCUCUGUUUAGGGCGAACUAAGGACUAGGCCGACUCUAACGGGCAACGCGGGCUCCCGGCCCAACGUUAAUGCGGACAGCAGAUUUCCAUGUAAGGGGCGGACCGCUAUUUUCAGCCGUCGACCGAUAUGGAUAAAGGGAACUCACGGAGCCGGCACUGCGCCACUCGCUACUCUCGCCGGUCUCUUACACGACGUACAAAACGCGAUCCUGAACGAUCGUUCGCCAAUCUCUCUUUUUGGCUCUACAAAACACAUUAGCAAACGAAAGUAAUACUAACAGCUAAUCAAGAUGUGUGACGAUGAUGUUGCGGCAUUAGUUGUGGAUAAUGGAUCCGGUAUGUGCAAGGCGGGUUUCGCAGGGGACGAUGCACCACGUGCCGUGUUCCCUAGCAUUGUCGGCCGCCCCCGUCAUCAGGGCGUGAUGGUCGGUAUGGGUCAAAAAGACAGCUACGUUGGCGACGAGGCGCAAAGUAAGAGAGGUAUAUUGACAUUAAAAUAUCCAAUAGAACAUGGUAUCAUCACCAAUUGGGAUGACAUGGAGAAGAUUUGGCAUCACACGUUCUAUAACGAAUUACGUGUAGCUCCCGAGGAACAUCCGGUUCUUCUUACGGAAGCACCUCUAAAUCCGAAAGCUAAUCGUGAGAAGAUGACGCAGAUUAUGUUCGAAACCUUCAACAGCCCAGCCAUGUACGUUGCCAUCCAGGCCGUCCUUUCUUUGUACGCUUCCGGUCGUACCACUGGUAUCGUCCUGGACUCCGGCGACGGUGUUUCUCACACCGUACCCAUCUACGAAGGUUACGCUCUUCCCCACGCCAUCCUCCGUUUGGACUUGGCCGGACGCGAUCUUACCGACUACCUCAUGAAGAUACUUACCGAAAGAGGCUACAGCUUCACCACCACAGCCGAGCGAGAAAUUGUCCGCGACAUCAAGGAGAAGCUCUGUUAUGUCGCCCUGGACUUUGAACAGGAAAUGGCUACCGCUGCCGCUAGCACUUCUCUCGAAAAGAGCUACGAGUUGCCUGAUGGUCAGGUCAUUACUAUCGGUAACGAGAGGUUUCGCUGUCCCGAAGCGCUAUUCCAGCCUUCCUUCCUGGGUAUGGAAUCUUGCGGUAUUCACGAGACCGUUUACAAUUCCAUCAUGAAAUGCGACGUUGAUAUUCGCAAAGAUUUAUACGCUAAUACCGUUCUCUCCGGUGGCACCACCAUGUAUCCUGGUAUCGCUGAUCGUAUGCAAAAAGAAAUCACCGCUCUCGCACCUUCAACUAUCAAGAUCAAAAUCAUCGCUCCACCCGAAAGAAAAUACUCCGUAUGGAUCGGCGGUUCCAUCUUAGCCUCCUUGUCCACCUUCCAACAGAUGUGGAUUUCCAAGCAAGAAUACGACGAGUCCGGCCCUGGUAUCGUUCACCGCAAAUGCUUCUAAAAAAUAAACCGUCAAGAAUUAAUGAAACGUAUACAUUCAAGCACCAUCAUCGUGACUCUUUUCUUUCCUUUAUUUAUUUCCUUUUCUAUACACACGGUAUGCCCUUAUUAUGCAAUAUUUAUGACAGGAUACAAAGAUAUGAGAAAAGGAAAGAAAAAGAGAGAUAAAAAAAGAGGAAAAGAAAAGAUAGAGAUGAGAUACGAGAUGAGAUCGCAGAAAAAAAAAACAAUUACUCAAGUGUCUCUGUGCUACACUUUUACUGUAUUUUGUAGUUUAUACAACACGACUAUUUGUUUAUAUAUAAAUAUUAAUUAAUUUAUCGAUAAUCUUUUCGACAAUCUAAACGAAAUGAGUUUUUCUUCGCCCAUACGCGUAAACGCAUACAUAUGUAUCUAUAUAUUAACACACAAAACAUGUUUGCUCGCUGAUUGUGCAAGUUUGGUAUUUGCGAUACUCGUAAUACGAUUAUCGACUACAACAACGAGGGAUGUAAUCGACUACAAAAACGAGGGAUCAGACACAUCCGGCCACGUCGAGAUGUCGGCUUACAAAUAGCUGUCUGGCAAAUCACGUUCUUAUUGUACCUUACAAUUAAUUGACAAUAUAAUAAUAAAAUCGUAUGUUACGUAAUAA